AUGAAUAAAGGACACAUAAAAAAAAUUGAGGAUCCAAAUUUAUGGAUAUAUGAACAUAUCAUAAAAAAAGGAAAAAAAAUUACAAAUGACAACGAAUUUAACAAAGAGGUUUUAAAAAAAGCUCGUGAAAAAUUAAAAUUAAUUUUAAAAGAUUCUAAAAAAUAUGAUAACAAAUUAAAAGAAUUAGAUAAUAGAAAACAAAUAACAUUCAAUUAUGUACGAGCAAAUAAAAAGAUAAACCCCAAUUCGUUUAUAUUUAAUCCAUAUAAAGAAAAGUAUAAAAAUUUAGAUAUAAAAAAUUUGUUAAAAUAUAACAAUAAUUGGAAUAAUGUCAAUAAUGGGAAUAAUGUUGAACUAUUUUAUAGUAAGGAUAUGUCAAAUUUAAGGGGCAAUUCCGAAAAUAAUAAAAAAGAAUAUAUUAUAAAUAUAAUGAAACAAAUAAAAGACGAUAAAAUUAAGAAAAUAUCUUUUUUUUUCAACAACCCUGCAAAUUAUUAUGAUACACAUUUAAAGGAGAAAUAUAUGAAUGAAGUUUUAAAAAAAAGUGAAAAAAUUGGCGAAAAGAAUGGUGAAAAAAUUGGCGAAAAAAAUUAUGAACAAAAUUAUGAAAAAAAUUAUGAACAAAAUUGUGACGCGGAACAAGAUCAUACAAUUUACUCAAUAAUGAAUAAUGAAUGUUAUUAUAAAACUGAAGAAGAUAAUAUAAACAGAACAGAUAAAGAUAUUGUUAGAAAUGAAAAUUUAAAUGAUGUAAAAGACUUAUCAUAUAAUAUAUCUACAGCAACUUUCAAUAAAUCUGAUAUGGUUAAUUUGGAAUACACUAUAGACAAUAGUUAUGAUAAAAUAAAUAAUGAGCAUGUUGAUAAUAAAAAAAAUAAUGAGCAUGCUGAUAAUAAAAAAAAUAAUGAGCAUGUUGAUAAUAAAAAAAAUAAUUGUUACAAUUUAAACGAUAAAAAUAAUAAUGAGGUUGAGAAACCGUAUGCAGAAAAAAAAAAUAAAAAUUUACACAAUUCUGAAAAUUUGAAUAAAAUAUUAUUAUAUAAUAAUUUGAAUGCUUCUUCGGAGUGUAGUGUUGGUGGUUCAGAUUCGUUGUUAUCUAUAUUAGAAAAAUUAAAAGAAAAUAAAAAAAAUAAAAAAAUAAAAAAUAAUUUUUCUGAUUUGGCAAUUGACAAGUUUGAAAAAACAAUAUAUCAUAAUAAACAAAAUGAAAAGGAAACAAAUAAAGGUAAGGAUAGUGAAACGAAAGACAAGGAUGGCGAAAUAAAAGACAAGGAUGGCGAAAUAAAAGAUAAGAAUGGCGAAAUAAAAGUUAAGAAUGGCGAAAUAAAAGCUAAGGAUAGUGAUAAUAAUAAUAAUUAUUAUUAUUAUAAAAAGGGGAUAAAUGAGGCCAAACAAAACCAAUAUAAAUAUCUUGAUAGUAAUAACAUAACAAUAUAUAGUCUUAGUGAACAUAUAAAUAUAGAAGAAGAUAAAAUAAUAAAUGUAUGUAAAUAUAUAUUAGAUAAUGAUUAUAUUAAUAAAUAUACAAAAUUAGAAAAAGAAGUAGCAGAAUUAAUAUGUGAAGAACUUAAUGUAUUGAAUAAACUAAAAUUCAGUUCUAUUCAUUUAAAAAAAAGAAAUCCAAUAGUUACUAUAUUAGGGCAUGUAGAUCAUGGAAAAACAACAUUAUUAGAUUGUUUAAGAAAUUCAAAUAUUGCAAAAAAUGAAGUUGGUGGUAUUACACAAAAAUUAGGAGCAUUCGAAAUUAUUGAUAAAAAAAAUAAUAAAAAAAUUACAUUUUUAGAUACACCUGGUCAUAAUGUAUUUAAAACAAUUAGAAAAAGAUGUGUACAAUGUACUGAUUUAAUCAUUUUGGUAAUAUCUGCAGAUGAUGGAAUUAUGAAUGAAACUAUUGAAUGUUUAGAAUUAUCAAAAAAAUAUAAUAUCCCUUUAAUUAUAGCAGUUAAUAAAAUAGAUAAAUGUAAUAGUGAAAAUGAUAAAAUGUUAAAAAUUGAAAAUGUUUCAAAAUCUUUAAUUCAAUAUAACAUUAUAACAGAAAAAGAAAAUGGGCAAAUACCUAUAAUUCCUAUAUCUGCUAAAAAAAAUAUAAACAUUGAUUUGUUAAAAAAUACAAUAUUCAAUAUUAGUGAUAAAUUAAAUUUAAUAUGUGAUUAUGGUAAUUUAUGUUCUGCAUAUCUUUUAGAAAAAAAAAUAAAUGAAACAAAAGGAAAAAUAUUAACAGUUAUAUGUAAAUCUGGUAUAUUACGAGUUGGGGCUUAUAUAUUAGUUGGUAAUGUAUAUACAAAAAUAAAAAAAAUUUAUAAUAGUUAUGAUAAAGAAGUUAAGGAAGCAUAUCCUUCGGAGGUUGCUCAAAUUGUUUGUUCUAUUUCAUUUGGUAAUGAUAAUAAUGAUAAUUUAAAAUAUGGAGAUAUGAUUCUAGAAAUGAAAAACUUGAAAAUAGCACAAAGAGUUGCUAAAUAUAAAUUAAAAAUGGCACAAUAUAAUUUAUUAAAUGAAACUUAUUUUGAAGAAAAUGAAAAAAAUAAAUCAAAUAACUUAAUACUUCCACAAAUUCCUAUUAUUAUAAAAACAUGUGAUGAAGGAAGUUUAAAUGCAAUCAUAGAAGGAAUUAAUGAAUAUAAUAAAAAAGAAAAAAAUGAAAAAUAUUGUAAUAUAUAUAAUUUUAUUGAUCGAAAUUAUAUUAAUAAAAAUAUAUUAAAUAAUGAAAACAUAACAGAUCAAAAUAUUUUUAAAAAUUGGAAACCUUUCAAAUUUAUUACAAAAGGAAUAGGAUCUGUUAAUAUGAAUGAUUUAAAAUUCUGUGAAUAUGCAAAUCCGUGUUUUAUAUUUUUAUUUAAUAUUGAUAUAAAUAAAAAUUUACAAAAAAAUAUAGAUAAUUUAAAUGGUGUAGUAAUAAGAUCACAUAAUAUAAUAUAUGAAUUAUAUAAUGAUAUUGAACAAAUUUGUAAUUUUUAUUUUGAUUCGUUACAUCUAUAUGAACCCGUUUCAAAAAUGACAAUUAAUAAAACAGGAUAUUAUUCUAUAAAAAAUAAUAAAAAAGGUAAAAGAGUUGUAUUAUCUGUAGAUAUUAAAGAUGGGGUAUGUAACUCUUCACACACAUAUAAUGUUAUUAGAAAUAAACAAGUUAUUCAAAAAAAUCUGACUAUUUUAUCAAUGCAAAAAAAUAAGCAAAAUGUAAAUGAGCUAACUAAAACAUGUAAUACAAAUUCAAUAAUUUUUAACACUUUUUCCGAAGAUUUCUUAAUUGGAGAUGAGAUAGUUGCAUUUAAAAAAAUUACAAGACCCCCUCUUUUUGGCAAAAUCAAAUCUUUUAAUUUGUCUAAUUAA